AUCGAGAUUUGCAAUUGCUCAACGUGCGGAAGCUUCCAGAAACUCGCUGGGCCCCACAUGGCAUUGCCGGCCGCGAGUGCGCGUGCGCAGUGUCUCCUUCGCUUCCGCGGCCGGUCGCCGUUGCCGCGUCUCCCUCUCCCUCUCCCUUCCCCUCCCGCGACCACACGAGCAGCGUCCCGCCGCCGAGGUGUACGGAUGGCCUCCUCGGACGCCUCUGCCGCUGCGCCGCCCAGCGCUACCGUCGAGGUGCCCGGCGCCGCGGCCCCCGUCCUCGUCGUGGGCGCGCCGGGACUCCCCGAGGCGGACUUCAGGAACGCGGUGGAGUCGUCGCUGUUCAAGCAGUGGCUGCGGAACCUGCAGUCGGAGAAGGGCGUCCUCACCUACGGGAGGCUGAGCCUUACGCGGGUCCUCAUCCAGGGAGUUGACACGUUUGGGAAACGGGUGGGCUUUCUCAAGUUCAAAGCUGACAUCGUGGACGAGGAAACGAAAACCAAGGUUCCAGGAAUUGUCUUUGCAAGAGGACCUGCGGUUGCCGUGUUGAUUCUUUUGGAGUCUAAGGGGGAAACAUAUGCUGUGCUUACUGAGCAGGUUAGAGUUCCUGUUGGAAAAUUCCUGUUGGAGCUGCCAGCUGGGAUGCUAGAUGAUGAAAAAGGUGAUUUUGUUGGCACCGCAGUCCGUGAGGUGGAAGAGGAGACUGGUAUAAAGCUGAAUAUAGAAGACAUGGUUGAUCUUACGGCACUGCUGGACCCGGCUACCGGAGGUCGAAUGCUACCAUCACCGGGUGGCUGCGACGAAGAGAUCGGCCUGUUCCUGUACAGGGGCCGCGUUGACGAGGAGACCAUAAGAUCGCUCCAGGGGAAGGAAACCGGGCUGCGCGACCAUGGUGAGCUGAUCAAGCUGCGCGUGGUUCCCUACAGCCAGCUCUGGCGGUCGACCGGCGAUGCUAAAGCACUCUCCGCGAUAGCCCUGUACGAGAUGGCCAAGAGGGAAGGCCUGCUGCCACAUCCGCCGUCGGCCAACUUGUAAAGACCUGCUUGCUAGCACUGCACUGUGCUGUGCUGUAACUGUAACAGAUGGGUAGUUGCCUGUAAAAUUGAAGGAACGACACUUGUGAAACAAAAUCAUAUAUUAUUAUAUACAUAAAGAUUUAGUUUGGAGUUU